GGUACGAGACGCGCUUUCAAUGGAAUUAGCCUCACGUAGCCACAUUGCUGUCUAGCAUAUUUCAUGUUAUACACUUAAUAUAUCACGGUGAACCGGGGGAAAAAAUACAAGUUCUGUUAAAGAAGAGAAUUCGUCGCACCUGAACGACUUCAAACCAAAAAGAUGACUGGAUCAAACGAGUACAAACUUAACCAGGGUCCAGAGGACAGCAUCUCAGCUGUCAAGUUCAGCCCCAGCACAACACAGUUCCUGCUGGUUUCCUCCUGGGACUGCACUGUCCGUCUGUUCGAUGUCGGAAGCAACACCAUGCGGAUGAAGUACCAGCACACAGCUCCAGUUCUUGAUUGUGCUUUUUAUGACCCAACACAUUCUUGGAGCGGAGGAUUGGAUGCACAAUUAAAAACUCAUGAUUUGAACACAGACCAAGAUACAAUAGUGGGAACACAUGACGCCCCCAUACGUUGUGUGGAAUACUGUCCAGAGGUUAAUGUCAUGGUAACUGGCAGCUGGGACAGAUCAGUUCGGCUGUGGGACCCAAGGACACCCUGCAACGCUGGCACCUUCACGCAGCCAGAAAAGGUGUAUACGUUAUCUGUGGCUGGAGAUAGACUGAUUGUUGGCACAGCAGGAAGACGCGUCCUAGUGUGGGAUCUGAGAAACAUGGGCUACGUUCAGCAAAGACGAGAGUCCAGUCUCAAGUAUCAGACUCGCUGCAUUCGAGCUUUCCCCAACAAACAGGGCUAUGUCUUGAGUUCAAUCGAGGGACGUGUUGCUGUGGAGUAUCUGGACCCGAGCCAGGAGGUUCAGAAGAAGAAGUAUGCCUUCAAGUGUCACAGGCUGAAAGAGGACGGAAUUGAGCAUGUUUACCCUGUCAAUGCCAUCUCAUUUCACAGUGUCCAUAACACCUUUGCCACAGGUGGCUCAGACGGCUUUGUGAACAUCUGGGACCCGUUCAACAAAAAGCGCCUGUGUCAGUUCCACAGAUACCCGACCAGCAUCGCCUCGCUGGCCUUCAAUAACGACGGCACCAUGCUCGCAAUCGCCUCCUCCUACAUGCAGGAGAAGGGAGACAUCAACCACCCAGAGGACGCCAUCUUCAUCCGUCAAGUCACAGAUGCCGAGACCAAGCCCAAGUGAGUCUCCCUCACCUCUUGUCCUCAGUUUAAUGACAGUUUGGUCUUCUCUGAAUCUGUGAGCAGCUGCAUUAACAAGGAGCACGUCCACCUACAGCAUAUGCUGAUCUCUAUCUCUGUCUGUCCACUUUUCAAUAUCCGACAGUUGAAAGAUGGACAGAUAAAAAAUUGAAAAUCCUCCCACCAUAUUUGCUGUGGUAAAUAUACACUCAGUGACCAGACAAAUGGAAAACCUGCCAGCACUGUAAUGUAGUACAUCACAAUAGUACCGAUGUAAACACAACAUUCUGUUAGCGGGUCAUUUCUUGGGUUCUUUGGCUACUUUUUUUUUUUUCUCCCAAGUUGUUUAUAAUACUUUGAAUGCUUGUUUAUAUCAUGGGGCUAACACCGUGUUUAAUAAAAGACAACAAAGUUUAAAUUCCAAUUUGCUUGUAUUUUUCUGCUCACUGUAGGUAUAAAACAACUGAAUCUCUAGAGCCUUGGGUAAUUAUCAUUUAAGCCCAGUUUUAAACAAAAAGAUGGCAUUUAAAGUUCAAGUCUGUACUAAUUGUCCUUUUUGAUACCUGUUUAUGGUUCAAUCUAUAAAGGGCAGGAUAUUGUUUAAAAAUGGCUUGGCUAUAACAAGUAGAGGAGAAUGUGACAUCAUCAAUUUGCUUUUUUAGUAUUGUGCAACCAAAAUCUAAAAGUUUAACUUCUAAACGUAUAACUAUAUUAUUUGUCCAAGCAAUGCAACAGAUAGUAAUAUUUGACAAGUUGGGAAAAGUUAUUGUUUGGAUUGUUAGUGAAACAAUGACUGACAUUUUGAAUAUCCGCAGAAAUAUUUGUGCCCCAGUUUAUUCUGUAUUCUAUAUGAACAACCUCAGUAUGGACAAAUUUAUGUUUUACCAGAAACUUUAAUAACACCAAAAUCUUAAAAUGUUGUACUCACUAUAAUGUAAACAUUACGACCCAAACAAAUGACUUGAGUGUUGAAUUUAUGUCUGAAAUAUUUUUAGAAAAAUCUGAAGAGAGAAAAGAGCACCGUCAACUCUCAUACUUCUGUCACAAGACUUCUCCCAUUUUUAUCAUCAAAAUGAAAUAAACUUUUUUCCUUAUGUCAAAAGUAUUUGCAAGGGAGUUUGAAGAGUUUGCAAUCUCCCAGCUUCAUUCAACAGUUUAUUCAAUCCAAGAAAACAGUCAGUUUUCAAUGUGAGGGACAUCACUUGUGUCUGGGAUUUCUCCUAAGUUGAUUGGCUCUGCUCUUUUCUGUCUUUGGUUUGCAGGUUCCCAAUGCUUAUGAAACCUUACAGAGCCCAUAUUAUGCCCUUUUUGGGGUUCGUAUAUUUAAUCUAUGUACCAACUAAAGUAUGUUCACAAUAGCUAAAGUUCUAAAAAAGUGUCUGUUUUCAUAUACUGCCGCUCCAUGCACCGGCUCGCUUCUGACUUUCUCUAAGGCUCUGAAGUGCCCACGGUCAGAGUCCCCACAUGUGCAAAGUCUGAUCUGAUUGGUCGGCCUGUCGGCUCUGCCGUAAUUGGUCAGUCGCUCAGCACGGUUCUGAAAUGUCCCGCCCCUUUUACCAUAUUGGGAAUGCAGCCACUUUGGCUCCGUCAGAGGGGAGCAAAAACCUUAGCACCUUAGCACUAUUGUGCUACCGCAGGCUGCGGCAUAUCAUGGGUGUGCUACAGAAGUUAAUGUGCAACAUGAGCUGCUGGGCUUGCCGCAACGAGCCAAUGGGCUUAAAUCAGUGAUAUCACACUGACAAGACGUCACACUGGCAAUUUUUUUUCCGAGGGGGGCUAGAACCGAGUGUUACAUGCAGCUAAUGCUGCAGUUAACAGGAGGACGUAGGAGAAGCUGCGUUAAGGCGGGCUUUGAAUUUUUGCAAAUAGAUGUGCCUAAACAUGCACAGGACACAUGGAAAACACACUAAAGAGCAUAUAAAACCAGAAAAAGCAUAAUAUGGGCCCUUUAACACAUUUUGGUUAUCUGCUGGCAUCCAGUGCAUCAUUACCACACGGUUUCCUUACAUCAAUUUCUUUUCAAUUACAGCACUUGUCCUUCUUGUAAGUCAUGUUUGUGAAAAGCUUUCUUCUCUUUUCUGGCUUUUGUGAAAUAUUUUGUUGUUAACUGUAUGUUCAACCAACUUCUUUACUAAAACUGGUUUUAUAUACACCUUUUUAAAUGUGUUUCUUGGUCCUUUUGGAGUUAUUAUUAAACUAUUUUUAUGAAAACUU